AUGAGACGAUUAAUUGUUGUUGUCGGAGCCGAUGGUCGACAAGGUAGCAGUGUGAUCGAAGCACUACUUGAAUAUCCAGACAAUUGGCACAUUCGAGGAAUCACUGGAGAUUUAACAUCAACGCAUAGUCAGGAACUGAUUAGACGUGGUGUACAUAUGGUUAAAUGUAACCUUAAUAAUCGAGAAGAAUGCCUUCUGGCAUUUGCUGGUGCAUAUGGAGUGUUUGCAAUAACAAACUAUUGGGAUGCAACAGAUGGAGGUGAAUAUGAGCAAGCUCUUAACUUAAUCGAAGCAGCAAGAACAGCGAAUAUCGAACAUUUUAUUACGAGUUUUAUACCAGAUGCGACAGUCUUCGAGAAAAAUCAAUUCGAUUUACCUCUGCAUUCUGUAAGCAAAACUGAAAUGGAAAAUUACAUUCGGCAAUUACCACCGGACUCUACUUUUGUUCAUGUAACUUUUAUUCACGUUGGUUUCUAUUAUCAGAAUUUUAUUACAUUCUUUGUAUCCUACACGGAAAAUCUUGAAUUUCGCUAUCCAGUUCUUUCGCAUGCCCGUAUUCCUUUUUAUGAUAUACAUGAUACGGGUAAGGUCGUAUGCGAAUGUUUUCAGCAUCCUGAUCACUGGGGUCAUAGACAAACAGUACCAAUUGUGGCAGAACAAUUAACUAUGGAAGAAAUUUGUGCGACAAUUCGAGAAGUAUCUGGUAAAGAUAUACAUUUUGUCCCUUUAUCAUACGAUGAAGCUCUUCUUAAACUUCAUCGAGAAACUGUAAACAAUUUGAGAUGGUAUAAUGAUUUUGGCAGUAUCGAUGAACGACAGGCAGAAAAAACCAAAGAAAUUUAUCCGAAAAUGAAAACAUUCGCUGAAUGGGUACGAGACACUCAAUGGUUGAUGGAAUAA